GCACGCGCCGCGCGGCGCCCCGGCGGCGGAGCCAAGAUGGCGGCGGUGGUUCAGAAUGUGGUCAAGCUGCUGGGCGAGCAGUACUACCGGGACGCCAUGGAGCAGUGCCACAGCUACAACGCGCGGCUCUGCGCCGAGCGCAGCGUGCGCCUGCCCUUCCUGGACUCGCAGACCGGCGUGGCCCAGAGCAACUGCUACAUCUGGAUGGAGAAACGGCACCGCGGGCCCGGUACGGCACCGGGAACGGCACCGGGAAAACGCCGGGAGCGGCGGGGGAUGGUGGGGGAGUGGUGGGGAACAACAGGGAAACGAGGGGAAAACACCAGGAGAGCAGUGGGGAAACAGCAGGGAAAUGAUGGGGAACAAUGAGGAAAUGAUGGGGAAAUAACAGGGAAACAAUGGGAAAAUACCAGGAGAAGAGUGGGGAAAUAACAGGGAAGUGAUGGGGAAAUAACAGGGAAGUGAUGGGGAAAUAACAGGGAAACUAAGGGAGAACAAUGGGGAAAUAACAGGAGAACAAUGGGGAAAUGAUGGCAGAAUGCUGGGAAACGAUGGGGGAGCAGUAGGGAAACAUCAGGGAAAUUAUGGGAAAUAGUUGGAGAACAGGGAAAUGAUGGGAAACAACAGGGAAGUGAUGGAGAACAACGAGGAAAUGAUGGCAGAAUGGUGGGAAAUGAUGGAAAACACUGGGAGAGCAAUGGGGAAGCAGCAGGAAAAUGAUGGAAAACAAUGGGGAAAUGAUGGCAGAAUGGUGGGAAAUGAUGGGAAACAGCAGGGGAAUGGUGGGAAACAACAGGAAAACACUGGGAGAACAGUGGGGAAACAGCAGGGAAAUUAUGGGAAAUAGUUGGGGAGCAGCAAGGAAAUGAUGGGAGAGUGAUGGGAAACAACAGGGAAAUCAUGGGAAACAAGGAGGAAGUGAUGGAAGAAAAAUGAGGAAACAUCAGGAGAAUAAGAGGAAAACACUGGGAAAACACC